UGACACUGCGUGUGGUGCAUCGCGUUUAAGAAGCAUCGCGUAUCAGGCAGUUUGGUGGUGAAGCGAAGGCUUUAGAAGGGCCAUGCUGGAGCUGCGACCCUGCAUCGCUCUGCUGCUCCUCCUGAUGGCGGUGCACAGCGUGGCAGCAGAUGAAGAACCCAAGAAGAGUGGAUUUGCUUGUGGACAUCCAGGAAUACCAGGAGAUCCUGGCCACAAUGGCUUGCCGGGCCGAGAUGGCCGGGAUGGGUUUAAAGGUGAAAAGGGAGACAGAGGUGAAAUGGGUGCCAGUGGACCAAAGGGACUGGAUGGAACCAAAGGAGACAAGGGGGACAUUGGUACAGAAGGUCUAGUCGGACCUAAAGGCAGGCGGGGAGAGAAUGGAGAAAGGGGGCCUCCCGGUAAGAUGGGCCCCCAGGGCGUCCCGGGGCCUAUGGGUCUGAAGGGCCCCAAGGGGGAGCUUGGAUUACCAGGACCCCCCGGGCUCAAGGGAGAUGUGGGGCCUAUAGGGCCAGAGGGCCCGAAGGGGGAAAUCGGAGAUCAGGGGGACCGAGGCAUCCAGGGGCCCUUAGGACCUCCAGGACGACCUGGUCCCAAAGGAGAUUUUGGCCCACCAGGCAACAAAGGCAGCAUAGGCUAUCGGGGGGAUAGAGGGGCAAGGGGAGAAUCUGGGGAGAAGGGUGAAAAGGGGGACACAUUCGUUCUCCCCAAAAGCGCCUUUUCCGUCGGUCUCACCGAACAAUCCAAACUCCCACCGGCCAAUUCACCGAUCCGGUUUGACAAAAUCCUCUACAACCGUCAGAAUCACUACGACCCCAAGACAGGCCGGUUCACCUGCGUGGAGGCCGGGGCCUAUUACUUCACCUAUCACAUCACCGUGUUCUCCCGCAACGUGAAGGUGGCGCUGGUGAAGAACGGAGCGAAGGUCAUCCACACCACGGACAACUACCAGAGCAGCGAAGACCAGGCUUCUGGGGGCACCGUGCUACACCUGGAAGUGGGGGACAAGGUGUGGCUGCAGGUGGCUGGGGGUGAGCUCUUCAACGGGCUGUUCGCCGAUGAGGAUGAUGACACCACCUUCUCUGGGUUCCUGAUCUUUGGUGCCUGAUGGAGGUCGUUGCUUCAUAGGAUGGUUGACUUUGCGGACCGUUAUUGAGGAUGUCUGCUCAUGUGUAGGUGA